AUACCAUCCUGUGUAAAUAAAUCAGUGUUUGCCGCGUUUCUUAUGGCAGCUAACAACCUACACACACAAACACAUUCCCUCAAAAAAAAAAACCUACACACACAAACACAAUCAUCUUCAUCUACUCAAUCUUUAGUCGAUCUUAGUUUCAGAUAAAAGGGACUAUAAUUUUUUUUUUUUUUUAUUUUUGUUUAAUUUUAUUUCAUUUUCCACUCAAAUGGGUGCUGUUGAAUCAGUCCCACAACAAUCCAUCCAUGAAUUUACUGUUAAGGAUAAUAAGGGAAAGGAUGUUGAUCUAAGUAUGUAUAAAGGGAAAGUUCUUUUGGUUGUCAACGUUGCUUCAAAAUGUGGGUUUACCAAUGUAAAUUAUACCCAGUUGACAGAAUUGUACCAGAAAUACAGGGAUAAUGGUUUUGAAGUCUUGGCUUUUCCUUGCAAUCAAUUUCUAAAGCAAGAACCUGGGACAAGUGAAGAUGCUGCAAAUUUUGCUUGUACAAGAUUCAGUGCUGAGUAUCCCAUUUUUCAAAAGGUAUGCGUCAAUGGACCGAAGACAGCCCCUGUGUACAAAUUCCUUAAAGCAAGUAAGCGUUCAUCUCUUUUUGGAAACAGUGUCAAAUGGAACUUUACAAAGUUCCUCGUUGGCAAGGAUGGAAAAGUCGUCAAACGAUAUGGUACAACAACUCCUCCGCUUUCCAUCGAGGGUGAUAUUAAAAAAGCAUUAGGUGAGAUGUGAUGGGCUAUAAUGGCUGAGAAGUUUUGAUGAUUUAUUUUUUCUUUUCUUGAACAAGAUUAAAUUAUUACUAUUAUUUUUGUGUAUAGAGAGUCAUUUCUUGAUUAUAAAUGAAAUCAGUUUCUGUAGUUAAUAUUAAUAUUUGGAGUUUCGGACAGUGUGUAUGAUUUUGUUGACGAUGUACUUCUCCCUAUACCAAAUCUCAGCUUCUGAAUGGUGUUAUAAGCAA